AUGGAAUAAAAGCAUCAAAAGGAAAGAAAAAAAAUAUAUGUUUAUCAUGUAGCCGGAAGUGACCCUUCGCACACGAGCGGAUGUGACCCUUUAACUCUGUGUUGCUGUGGAAGUUAUCCUUUACUCUCACCUGCCGCCAACGUGAAUUGUUUGAAGUGUUAAAAAUUGUUUAUAUAUAUAAUCAAGCCCUUGCAGUGGUGGUUUUCUUGUUUCUAACAUAUUCCGGGUUUUCUGUGGAAUAACCAGCUAUCUCUGAAGAAUGGCCGAAGAAGCAUACGAAAUUGAGUGGGACGAUGAGACGGGUUCACCAAUGCAAGAAAAUGAUGAUGAAGAUGAGCGAGUCCAGGAAGAAUGCUUGAACGUCCUUUCAACAGAUGAUAGCAUUAUGGAACCUGGAGUGUUUCAAGUAUUGAAAAGAUUUUUGCAAGCAGGAGGGUCUCCAGAACGUGUAGUAGAAUUGCUUUCUAAUAACUAUAUAGCUGUGGCACAAUGUGUUAACUUAUUGGCUGAGUGGCUUAUUCUAGUUGGUGCUGACUACAAAGAAGUUCAAGAGAGAGUUGAAACAUAUCUGAAAGAAAUGAUUUUAAAAUGUUUUGACCCAAAGAAAGCCGAUUCUAUUUUCUCAGUCGAAGGAGAGGUCCCUUCAUGGUUGGCAGAAAUGGUUGAAUUUUCUACUUGGCGUACAUUAUUUUACAAAUUGGCUGAAGAAUAUCCUGACUGUCUUAUGCUUAACUUUACCAUCAAAUUGAUAUCGGAUGCUGGUUACCAAGGGGAGAUAACCUCAGUAUCUACAGCGUGCCACCAGAUUGAGGUUUUCUCACGGGUCUUGAGAACAUCAAUCACUACAUUCCUUGAAGGAGGUGAAGAAGCACUGGAAAAAAAUUUACCAGAAUUUACGAAAAUGGUGUGCCAUGGUGAACAUACUUACCUAUACAGCCAAGUGUUGAUGCAGUUGUUGUCGCAGGAGAUAAAAGGGGGAUCAAACUUGAGAAGAUUGUGUCAAGAGUUACAGAAAUGUGCAAAUGACAGAGGACUUGAUGUUACACCAAUUACUAUGGCACUGAGUGGAGCAGCAGCCUAUCCCCGUGCCUGUCAGGCACUCUCAUGCAUGUUGUCUCGGCAGUCAUUAAACCCGGCAGAUAUUACCAUUUUGUUUAAGCGUUAUUCUGAAGGAAACCCUCCACCAGUAGAAUUGAUCCGGGUGCCAGCUUUUCUUGAAUUACUUAUUGAAGCCUUGUUUAAACCUGGUAGUCGUACCAUCAACCGUGAACACAAACCAAAAUACAUCUAUCUAUUAGCGUAUGCUGCUAGUGUUAAUGAUACAUACAAAAAAGGUGUGCGGAAAUAUGUUAACAAAGAUGAGCUGAAACCAACUGUUCAAGCUUUGGAAAAAACCCAGACAUUAUGUAGUGAAAAUAAAGGUUCAUCGGAAUUAAUUGCUGAUAUAAACACUUUGUUCCAAUGUAUACGGUUUUCAGUAGUGGCAAUGGGUGUUCUACGUUGGGUUGAUUAUACAGUAUCAGAUAAAAGCUAUUUCAAACUCAACACUGAUCACACUCCUUUACAUCUGGUUCUUGUGGAUGAGAUUGUAACUAGUCACAUGCUGCUACAUCAGAAAGCCCUUGACCUUUUAAUUCGAUUAUUUGAAGCCUCCUAUGAAGAACUUGAUGUUUUAGUUAGAUUGGAACUAAAGAAAACUGUCCUCGAUCGAAUGGUGCAUGUUUUCAGCCGUGGCUGUGUCAUUCCCGUUGUGAGUUACAUAAGAAAGUGUCUUGAGAAACAAGAUACCGACAUCUCUUUGAUACGUCAUUUUGUUACAGAGGUUCUUGAUAUGAUUACACCUCCCUAUACUGCUGAGUUUGUCCAGUUACUGUUACCUCUCAUUGAAAAUGAAGAUAUCACAGGUUCUUUAAAAGUUGAAGAUGGAACUGAUCCAGUCACAGAAUUUAUUGCUCACUGCCGAUCAAAUUACAUCAUGGUAACGUGAAAGAUAAUUUACCUAGUGGUAGUUAAAGGACGAGCAUGAACUGGAUUUCAAGACAAACAAAUGUGAGACAAUAAAGCUGAACAUUAUGCCUUCUUUGAAGCCAUUCAUAUCCAUUGCAACAGGAAUAUCUGGAAAAAUGUCAGUCUUUACUUAACAUCACUGACUAAGCUGACUAGAAAAAUACUAAAUGUCUCUGUUACAUCUUUUGACCAGUUUGAUCGUUAUUGAGAAUAAUGAUAUUUUACCAAAAAUAUUUCUAUUUUACUAUCAAUUUAGUCAUAAACAGAAUCUUGGUUUCCAUACUUUCAAAUCUGACUGUAAGAUACAGAGAUUCUGUUUCUGGUUAAUUUUUUCACUGUGAUGGUGGUAGUGCUGGUGGUUGAUGUUUGGUUAUUAAUAAUUCAUAAUGUUGUUUUCAAUUUUUGUGAGUCCCUUCCGAAUUGGUUUAUGAAAAUAGUAAAAAUCUAAUAGUGAUUCAAAACUUAGUUUAAAUGAACUAUUUUUGCCUGCCUGUUGUGGUUUUUUUUUUUUUUUUUUUUACUGUGUGUGAAAUAUAAUUUUAAUUCUUUAGAAUUAGAAUAGAAUUAUGAUGCUAUUUAAAUCAAUAGUUAACAAAUAGUCUCUUAUUUAAAUACCAACUACAGUGAUGGUAAUGUUAUGAUCUUGUGCAUACAUUAACUCCUGGUAUUCUGAUUGUUAUAACAUUGAAAAUUAGUAACUACUACUUAAGCUGGAAAAUAAGUCUCAGUUCUUCAAGGGACCAACAUUUGAAGUCUUUAGAUUUCUUUCUCAGGACUGUCCAUAUUUAAACUGUUAUAAGUUUUUACAUUCAUUCCAUUAUUAGCUUUAGAAAAGUGUAGCCUCUGAUGCUCUCUGUCUCUCUUUCUCUCUCUCUCUCUCUCUUAUAUAUAUAUAUAUACACACACACAGAGCAGAGAACCAAUCUUAAUUUUAUCUGAAACUUUGUAAUCAGGGGUGUGAAUGGUUCAGCUGAUGUUAAAUCAUAUGAGAGAUAGAUUCAAGUGUCAUGAAAAAAAUACUGAGCUAUGAAUAUGAAAAGUUCUGUUAAGCAUCAUGAAUAAUUCAGCUAACGUUUAAACUAUAUUGGUAUUUUGAAUUCAUAUCCGUUUUCCUUCUUGAUAAAUCGAUGGAGACCCUUAGUAUUAUGGAUUAUCUCAUCAAAUCAAUGUUGCUGAUCUUCCUGAUUUGUCUUCAGUUGUAGGUACUUGUCCCUCAUUUGUUGUAUUUUGACUCUAAUUUCCUCUUCUAUAAGGGACCUUUAUUAUAAAGCUACCAAUACUCAUUGCUACAUCCACAUCCUAAUGUGCUAUUGCCUGUGCGAUGCCACUGAUCUGAUCAACUAUCAUUAUUUCAUCCAAAACUCAAAAACAAUACAUCUGAUAUCUGGAAAAUAAAUUAUUUUUACAUUAAAAAGAACAAAAACCUAACAACUUCA